CGGAGCGCGACCCACGCAACAGCUGUGUCGGGCGGGUGCUCUGCAACUCCACACGGCCACCACCACUACACGACUCUCAUCUUUGUCGCAGACGGACUGCACCGGGGCGUCGACCGAGGGCCGCGACGGCGAGAUGCACUUCGUGGUGGUGCCGUCCUCGCGCCAACGCCGCCUCGUCCCCGUGCCGGCCGCCGUCUGGAGGUCGGGCUUCCUGGCCGGCUACGACCCGGCCCUGGACGCCACCGCGGUCGCCGUGGGCCCGGCCGAUGCCACGUUCAGCACGGUGCUGGUGCUGCCCGGCCAGCAGGGGCACGUGGCCCCCGGUGACGGCCUGUCCAGGCUGGAGCAGCGGCUGCUGGAGUCCCGCGGGCCCAGCGCGCGGUGGGCGCGCCUGCUGCGGACGCUCCUGCCCAGGCCCGGCCUGGAGCUGCAGGUGCCGCGGUUCAGCCACCGCUCCGUCCUCAACAUGAGCGAGGCCCUGCAGCGCAUGGGCCUGGACGAGCUCUUCUCCUCGGAGCACGCCGACCUGCGGGGCCUCAACGGCGUGGCCAACGAUCUCCACCUGUCCGACGUCGUCCAGCUCAACACGUUCAGCACGUGCGGCGAGCGCGCCGUGGACUCCAGGCACCACGUUGAGUUCUUCCCGACGUCCCCGUUGGCCUCGCCGGGCCGGCGGGCGGCGCGCGGCCGUCGGCUGCGACCCAAGGUGGCCGAGACGGACGACCCUCGCAUCGAGGUGCACCCGGACAACGUGGGCAAGGACAGGGACUCGUACUAUGCUCGGGUAGGCGACGCCCUGGAGGCUGCCGAGGCUAGGGGCUCCUCGGGGUUAACUUCCUCGGAGGAGGUGAUGGCGUCUGAGGAUGCCUCAUCUUCCUCCUCCAUAUCGUCGUCGAGUCGAGAGGCGCGGACAUUCCAGAGGAUCGCAGACUUCGAGGAUCCCGACCUGAUGAAGGUGCCGCUGGCGCUCCGGCCUAGACAGGCCAGGAUCCCCGAGGCAGCACGGCUCCGCUUCGACCGGCCAUUCUUGUUCUUUGUGAGGCACAACCCCACAGGGGUGCUUCUGCACAUGGGCAGGUUCAACCCGAGGCUGCUACCGUGAGGCACGACCCCAAGAUCAUCCCAAAGUGUGCUCACCAGAACUCUAUUCCAGACAUUGUGCAGGGAAAAGUCGUUGUUGGCCGCCCUUAAGUUGAAGGAUGUUAUGUCACCACCUCUCCUCUGAGAGAAUCUGUUAAUUAGUUCAUUAAGUGACUUUGUAAUGCCAAAAAUUAUGAAUCCUUUUUCAAGCAACGAGUGAGCCGAAAAAUGUUUGUCCUAUGUACCAAUUUCCUGAUUUUUUAGAAAUCUUGGUGCGUUUUGAAACUUGUUGCGCUUUUAUCAAAUGUGACGGGGAGUAUUAUUGGUGAAAAUAAUAAUACUGGCUGAUUGUUUUUUAAGUAUGUGAAUGACUGCUAAUCAGUCUCUAUCCUAUCCCUAAUAUGCAAGGUGUCUAAUAUGUCACUGCUAUGAAAACGUUUUGAACUGUGAAACUGUGAUUAACCAUGUCCCCAGACUAGGGAUAUAUCUAUUGUAUGUGCUAUAGUUUUAAGUUAUCGGUGUUUGUAUUUUACCGAUUUAUUUGUACAAAAUUUUCCACCUCUUGGUUGUGGUUAGUUUGAUAGAUUUUGUUCAAGACACACAUUCUGCUUAUGUUUUACUAAUUAGAAAAUGUGAACAUAUGCAAAUCAUAUGAUUGGCUUCAACUGCAAGACAUCAUCAUAAAUAUGGCCUUGUGUCUCGAACGAAAUUCUUUAUCAAAUAGGUAUUUACAUUUGAUGGUGGCCAAGAAGUAACAUACACAAAAUAAAUUGUUUCAGGCCGUGCUUCAGAAUUGUUUUGCUUCUUUUCAGUCUUAAUAUGACAUUAAUGUGUUAUACUUAUUUUUAAGUGUUGCCAGCCCAAGAUAUGUGUGCCUGGACAAAUUUUAUGUAUAGUCUGAGUCUGACUCUGCAGAGGUACUACCUAACUACCAUCUCUAGAGUAGUUCUUGAAUUUAUGAACCAAAGGAACAAUUAAACCAUUUAAAACUAUAUGAGUGUAAAGCAUCAAUGGACGUGAUUUGAACGAUAUCGAAUAAUAAUUUUGUUAGCAGUAUUCUAUAUUAUUUUUGUAACUUAGUUUUAGCUACUGUACAUAAUGAGCACGUCUUACGCCCGUAAGGAAAACAUGAAAUCUAAAUAAAAAAAACUUUUCAGAAA